AUGGCGGACGAAGAUCUCUGGUUUGACACUGAUUUGGAAAUUAUUCUAUCAACAAUGCAAGCGAAAGCUAUUUCGGAUAUCAGUCAAGCGUUCCAUUCGACAUCGAUACAAAAGCACUCUGGACCUGGGAUUAUUCUUUCGGCCCUGGAAAUCCAAUUUUUCAAUUGCCCGCCCCUGCCAUCCAAUACCACUGGGUUGGAUAAUAUGAUCGUAUUGGCUCCAUUUUGCCUGGAUACCUUGGAUGAAAUAGCGAGCAGAGGAGCAGAGUAUAUCCUAGCCCAUUUUCCCGAUAACAUGAUAAUUGAUUCGGGGCUAGACUCUGUGUCUGGCUUUGGCAUUGUCAAUCGGACUCAAGGCGACGAUUUCAAGUCCAAAGUAUUGGAUGGUGAGAAGCUCCAGAUCACUUUUAGCCGUCCACAGCAAAUAGUACAGCACUAUUCUGAAACGGAGAACACAAUGUCUGGAGGAUCUAUGAAUUCUUUCAGUUCCUGGGCUCCAACCUUGGAGUUGGAUCCUGCUCCUUUUAUCUCUGCUCCAGGCGGGUCAAUCCUAUCCACAAUACCAACAGCACAAGGUGCAUAUGGAAUCAUGUCUGGCACUUCAAUGGCCACUCCAUAUAUUGCUGGUGUUGUUGCAUUGCUAAUGGAAGCCAGAGGCAAGAUGGAUCCCAAGUCAGUUGCAUCUUUACUUGGCUCUACAGCCCAGAGGCUAAAACUGAAUGAUGGAAAUGAAACAAUGGAUGAUAUUAUUGCACCUAUAAUUCAACAAGGGGGUGGUCUUGUGGAUGCGGCAGCUGCUGUUCGCUCACAAACCACACUAGAACCGUCCUUUUUGGCAUUUAGAGAUGCAGCGAGUUUCGAACCAAAGAGGACAGUUAAAAUUCGAAAUGAAGCUGUUCGCCCGCUUAUGAACCGGCGCAGCUCUAGCUUGCAGAGCGGUCGAUCUAUGGAAGAAGUUGGGCCUGGUUACAUAUACCGAUUACCUCGUGCAAACGCGUCGCUCGAAGAUGCAGAUCCUCCAACAUUCAAGGUGGCCAUGAACUUUCAUGCAGACUUGCUGAGUGGAAUCCUUGUUCCGGAGACCCCGAUAUCAGGGUUUAAUGGCACAAUACACCCUGCGUUCGGCCCUAUUCCCUCUGGAUCGUUGGAAUUUGUUUUUGUUCCUUCUGCGCUGUUGGCAGAUGGUAAAUCAAUAGCCGAAGGGAAAUUCACCUUGAAGGCCACAGCACUUAGAUGGAAGGGUGAUCUGAACAACCAGAGAGACUGGGAGGAAUUCUCAUCACCUCCUUUCACUAUUGGGUUAUAUGAUUGA